AUGAAUCGCGAGCCACGUGUGUCGCUUCUUCCUACCCAGACAGCAUCACCGGGUGUCGCUAUCGCAGGAAUCUGCGCUGCGAAUUGUGUCGUGUCCAUUGUCAGCACAUGCCUUUAUUAUUCCGAGCUUCACCAUCUGCAUGACUUUCCUUUCUUCGCUGCACAGCUGAAUGCUGCAAUUGGGGCCCUGCUUUCGGGAUGCUUACUGACGGUAAUGCCAAAGGACUCGAGAGCAAGCUCUUGUCAUCUGACAUACUGGUUCCGCUUGGCGGCGCUCCUGUCUGCUCAGAACUCCUUGGAGAUUGUGAGCAUUCCUCGGGUGGGCAAUGAUGACUUGCCACCGAUUCUUCAGCAGGCUGUGGUACCGCUGUCGUUAAUGCUAUCGACAGCCAUGCUGCGCAAAAGCUACGGCACAGUGCAACUGAUGGGAUCCGCAGCUGUGGUGGCAGGAGUGCUUAUCGGCUUCUUGCCAAGCCUGUUCACUUCCGACAGACUCGGGCAGAUCCGCUUGGUUUGGGUGGCGGUGUUCCUCGUCUCACGCCUUCCACAGGCCGCGGCGAACGUCGUUGCAGAAGGCUUCUUGGAAGGUCAUCGCGAUUUCUCCUGGGCGCUGCGGGCCACACUCUACACUCAACUGCUGGGGAUCGGCGGUGCCAUGUCGUGGCGGCCUGUGGGGCUGUCAGCAGGAGAAAGAUUGAUUCCCGCUUCCGAAGAUGUGCCGGGGCUUCCCCGAAGCACCUUGGGCAUGCCAGAGCCUGCAGAGCUCGCCGACAUCAGUGCAGCGGAAGACGUUUACGAAGAUCAGGCCUCGGAGCUGUUCCUUCCACAGCCGUAUCCAAUCGCCGCGAGGAUGUCUGGCUGCGACAAGAUUCGGGCCACACUGAUGCCAUGGAUCGCGUUCGUGCUCAGCCUCAGUUUAUUCGUCUGCCUCUACCACGACCAUGCGGCCCUCGUUUGGAUGCUGGAGCUUUGCUGCAUGGUGCUUUGUGUUUUGAGCAUCAGCCUGGGAAGAUUUGCACGGAACGCCACCCUGAUGGCCAUUGGCUUCUUGUGCCUCGCGUCCGUGGGACUCGGAGCUGCUGUGGGGACCUGGCUGGAAGCUGGGUAUUUGGAGAGGUUUUGGCAGCUGUACCGCUCCUCCAGCUAUCAGAUCGUAAAUCCGUAUGAUGUCUCUCGCGAAGUGGACAUGGUAUCCUUUCUAAAGUUCGUCGAUGGUACUGUGGUCGAUGAGAGGCAUUCUCUAGGACACCUUGCGAGGGGGAGUAUCUACUGCGUGGCGCCCGUCGUCCUGCAGCAUCAAACGGCCAUGCAGGUCCUGUACUGGGCUGUUGGCAAGGACUGUUGUGGCAGGAGGAGCAACUUCUCCUGUGGUACCUUUCUGCAAGGCAUCAUGGUGGAGCAGGACGACGUGUUCGGGCGCGCAGUUUUGCAAGCCUCAUCUGUGUUUGGCAUCAAGGCAGCUGCGACACCAAGAUUGGUGGCUCUUCUCGAACAUCCUUCCCAACUCCUG